GACACGUCGCUUCGGCUGGUCGCCGUCGGCGAGGAAGGAGGACGAGAGCGCGACGCGUCGUGCGUCACAUGGGCACGUAUGUACAACAAGCGACACGGUUGACAAGCAUGUCGCGCUUUGCUGUCCGGAGCGAGAACGUUCAAGAUCGUCGCAAGGAGGGAUGUUGCCGUGCGGAGGAUGGAUCCACGACUGUCGCGUAUGUCAUGGCAAGACUUCUCACGUGAACGCGAAGCGCGGGGAUGCCACGGACUCCACGGACGAUAUGACACCGAGAUUCGUCCUCCCUGUCGUUAGCAUUCUCGUGAUAACGAUCGUUGUCAUCGUCAGUACGUUACUGUCGAGAUACGUAGGCGAUCUGUCUAUCGAUGCUACGGAACAGGAAUUCCAUCACGGCCGUUCCAUAUUUGUGCCACUUAGUUCGGAAGGCAUUUUGAAUGUCUAUGAUGAUUAUACACUCUCCAUUUCGAAAAGUAACACUGAGCUUCAAUGUACCGCAGCAUCGACAGCGGAAGCCCUGGCAUCUCUGCAUUUAGCACUAGACAUGAAAUUAUCUGGGAAGCAGGAGAAAGCUAUAAAAUUGUUUCAACAUGCGGUGGCGUUGGCACCUUGCCAUCCGGAUGUCCUGAACCACUAUGGGGAGUUUUUGGAGCAUACUCAGAAUAAUGUGAUCAAAGCCAAUGAAUUUUAUGUGCGCGCUUUAACUUACGAACCGAAUCACGAAGGUGCUUUAAUAAAUAAUCAAAGGACAGCUCGCGUGGUCGAGGAACUUGACAGAUUAAUGCUCAGGCGCAUCGAUGAAAAGAGAAACACGCUAUCCAACAUACCUGAUAACAAUGCUGCAUUGAUACGCGCUAAAAAGGAGGCUUACUUUCAACAUAUCUAUCACACAGUCGGAAUUGAGGGAAAUACUAUGAAUCUGGCACAGACGAGAGCUAUAGUCGAGACACGUACUGCUGUAUCUGGAAAGAGUAUUGACGAACACAAUGAGAUUCUUGGUUUAGAUGCUGCUAUGAAAUAUAUAAAUGCGACCUUGGUAAAUAGAGUAGGGUCCAUUUCUAUAAAAGAUAUACUGGAGAUACAUAGGCGUGUGUUGGGACAUGUAGAUCCCAUCGAGGGUGGUCAAUUUCGAAGGACUCAAGUGUAUGUUGGUGGUCAUAUACCUCCAGGUCCCAGCAACAUACAUUACCUGAUGGAAGAGUUUGUAUUAUGGUUAAAUAGCGAACAAGCUAUUAGGAUGCAUCCAGUGAGGUAUGCAGCUCUCGCACAUUAUAAACUGGUGCAUAUACAUCCAUUUACUGAUGGAAACGGCAGAACAUCUCGUUUACUCAUGAACAUGAUUCUCAUGCAAGCCGGAUAUCCACCAGUUAUCAUUCACAAGCAGCAUCGCCAUAAAUAUUAUGAGUACUUGCAACUAGCCAACGCCGGAGAUAUUCGACCGUUCGUGAGAUUCAUAGCAGAAUGCACGGAGCAGACAUUAGAUUUAUUUUUAUGGGCGACUAGUGAAUUUUCUCGACAAGUUCCUGCACUGAGUCAAGAGACAUUGUUUACAGAAAGGCACAAUACGAUUAUUCUAGAGGAUAAUAACGAUAUACUAGAAAAUGAUUGAUACUAAUUUCAUUCUAGCGUCUGGCAAGUAUUUUUGAGACCAAAGAAUGUUAAUAUUAUUUAUAUUUAAUAUCAUUAUUUAUUGAAAAUUGCAAUUUUAAACGAAAUAUUGAACUGAACUUAAAUAACAUGAUUUAAAGAUCGAGAUAUCGAGUGAUAUACCAACAACCAUUAUGAGAUUUACCCACGGUGUUAGAGCUGAAGCUUAGUCUGCUCUGUGCCAGUUGGUUAUGUGAUCUAAAAUUUAUUGUUAUUUAUGAGCUGCCAAUUUUAACGAGUGUCCAUGUAAAUACGAAUCUCUCUUCCAUUCUUUGUUUAGAAUGAAUUAAUAUUUAUAAUGUAUAUAAUAAAUGUGAUAGCAAGUUUCAAGAUGUAUAUUUUUAUAUGUUAAUUAGAACAAAAACGAAUUAACGUUUAUCUUUAUGAUGGAGAAAUAUAUAUUUUAAUUAAAAUUGUAAUGCGAAUAGUAUAGAAUAACAGGUAGAAUCUGUCACAUAUAUUUGUGUGAGUACAAAACUUGAGUAUUUUUCAGAUGAAUUUUGGAACGCGCCGAUAUUGCUAACACAAAUUACUGUUUGUGGGUGAAAUAUAUUUUCUCGAUACGAUCUUUCAAGGAUUCAGCAUAUUCAAAUUGUUAAAAUAUAUCGCAAAGUUACAAUCAAAAAUCAUAUUGCCUAAAUAAAUUGCUGCGGAUUUUUUAUAUGUAAUUUAGAUUGUUAUUAAAGAAUGAGUAGUGUAACUUUCCAA